UUUGUCGACAGUCGUUUGAGUAGAAAGUGAGUUUGAAAAAUUUUGUGUUUUAUUUAUCUGCUGAAAAGAAAAAGUAUUUAACUGCGCCCGUUGGAAACAAAAAAAAUAUUUCUUGUGGCAAUAGCAAAAAAUUUAGUGAAGUUUAAGCAAAAUUUAAACCCGUGCAGUGCCAUUUUUUAACGCUAAAACAAUAAGAAAACACUCCUUAAACGAAAACUUUGCAGACAUUUUGUUGGACACCACCACAUUGACAACAGGAACAACAACUCAAAAAAACGUUUUAAAUUUUAUUUCUGUAUCUUCUCUAUACUCGUCGUCGUCGUAAGUUUUUAUAACCAACAAAUACAAAAUGAGCUGGCAAGAUUAUGUUGAUAACCAAUUGAUGGCCUCGCAAUGCGUUACCAAAGCCUGUAUCGCUGGUCAUGAUGGCAACGUUUGGGCUUCUUCCAAGGGCUUUGAGGUUACAAAAGAAGAAUUGUCAAAAUUGAUCUCUGGAUUUGAUAAUCAAGAUCUUCUUACCAGCAAUGGCGUAACAUUGGCCGGCCAAAGAUAUAUCUAUUUGUCCGGUACAGACCGCGUUGUCCGCGCCAAAUUCGGACGUAGCGGUGUACAUUGCAUGAAAACCACACAAGCCGUGAUUGUUUCCAUUUACGAAGAUCCCGUUCAGCCACAACAGGCCGCAUCCGUCGUAGAGAAACUUGGAGAUUAUCUUAUCACUUGCGGGUACUAGAAAAUAUAAACACACACACUAUACAUAAUACA